GUCUUACGUCACGUAGGCCUAUGCUAAUUACAGAACAAUCAUUACAGUUGUACAUGUGGCCAUCUUUUUUGCCAUUCCUGCAUCGUUUACAGUCACAUUGGUGAGGAUAUCAUGAAGGACGUGGACGGAAGUACCGGUUCUUGGCGCAUGUUGCGGUUGAAUGUAUAAGAGACGGAAUCACUUUAGGACACGACAUUGCGUCGUCUGUUUCACCGUAUCUUUUGCUGUUUUAUAUCGACGUGCUUAUAUCUACUGUUGGUCAGAUAGUAAGAGAACGACGACGAUAGCGCAUGCAAUGAGCAGCAGCGAAGUGGACGAGAGUUGUAAAGUUUUGCAAGGAAAUUGUGGCCCAAGCGGCAGAUGGACGAUUGCGUUGUUUCUAUCGUUAGUUGUGGGCAAUUUUGUGUUUAGCGGUUUUCUGUUGUGGAAGCUCAGUGUUCAGGAGAAAAGAUUUGAGAAAAGCGUAGAGAAGUUGCAGUUGGACUUGCAGGAACUUCAAGUAGAAAAAGAGGAAAUGAAGCAGGUUUAUGAGACGUUGUCUGAGUAUGGAGGAGAAAGAGGGAAGAGGUCGGAACAAUCUCCCAGUCAGUCGUCACAAGUUACAAUCAACAUUGCACACGUAUUUGGGUCAUUCAUCAAACAGAUGUGCAAACCAGAAUCAGCAAUUUGUAUACCAGGUCAACCAGGAAGAGACGGAUUGCCAGGUUUGUCAGGAAGAGACGGUCAUACAGGAUUGCCAGGACCAGCUGGAAGAAACGGCGAGAAUGGUGAACCUGGCAGUAAGGGAUCAGCAGGUAAACAGGGUCCACGUGGAAUAGCAGGUAGGAAAGGAGACAUGGGAGUGAGUGGAGAGAAAGGAGAAAGAGGAGAGAGGGGAGUAGGUGGACUGCAAGGAAUUUUGGGUCCACAAGGAGAAAAAGGAGAAGAAGGAGACAAGGGUGAACGAGGAUAUCCUGGUUUUAAAGGAGAGAAAGGUGGAAAGGGGGAGAUUGGGUUACAAGGAGGAAAAGGAAUGAAAGGAAACAAAGGGGAUGAGCAGGAUUUACAUCAAUUGUUUGGUCUACCUAGUCAAUGUUUACCAUGGAAUCACCGUGUUCUAAAUGAAACUUGGAGACAAACAUCUGAGCAUUAUUCUAAGACAACUUGGCACUGUGAUAAUGCAGGUCAUUUAUACAAUCAACAUGGUUUCACACCAGGCUGGCAUUCAUUCAGUCCUACAAUAGGUGGAGCUAUGCCAGAGAAUUGCACAUCUGCUCACUACUGUGGAACUAUUCGAUCAGGAUGGUUAAAAGGAUCUCACCCAAAUGUAAUUGGUCAAAACAUUUCAAGAACAGUUUGCUUUAGUUGGAACAGUAAUUGUUGUUGGAGGCAAACUAGUGUUGAAGUGAUCAACUGUGGACAGUAUUACAUAUACAACUUACCUAACACUCCACAUUGCCGUCUAGCUUACUGUGCUCGAGGACAGUUGUUAGAGUGCAACUUUGCUGUUCUGUUCACCUGCCUGUGCCCUUCUGUGUCUGUUUCUGCGGCUGCUGUGCACGAUGUGUUGAGGAUGCAGAGUGAUGUGACCCGGAUGUUGGGUCAGUUGCAGCGAGAUGUGUUGCAGAUUCAGAGGGCGGUUGAGACGGUUGAGUUGAGGAUUCAGCAGUGUGUGCCGAUGUUGAGGAGGUUGAAUAAUGUGUUGCCGGAGGAGGAGAGGUUGGAGGAGUUUCGAUGUUGCCCGAUGAUGAGGAGCCCCGGAUGCGCCGCAAUGAGCAUCAGCGAGAGUUGUAAAGUUUUGCAACGAAAUUGUGGCCCAACUGGCAGAUGGACGAUUGCGUUGUUUCUAUCGUUAGUUGUGGGCAAUUUUGUGUUUAGCGGUUUUCUGUUGUGGAAGCUCAGUGUUCAGGAGAAAAGAUUUGAGAAAAGCGUAGAGAAGUUGCAGUUGGACUUGCAGGAACUUCAAGUAGAAAAAGAGGAAAUGAAGCAGGUUUAUGAGACGUUGUCUGAGUAUGGAGGAGAAAGAGGGAAGAGGUCGGAAGAAUCUCCCAGUCAGUCGUCACAAGUUACAAUCAACAUUGCACACGUAUUUGGGUCAUUCAUCAAACAGAUGUGCAAACCAGAAUCAGCAAUUUGUAUACCAGGUCAACCAGGAAGAGACGGAUUGCCAGGUUUGUCUGGAAAAGAUGGUUCAACUGGAUUGCCAGGUUUGCCGGGAAGGGAUGGUGAACCAGGUAGAGAUGGAUUGCCAGGAAGGGAUGGUCCAAUUGGAUUGCCAGGUUUGUUAGGAAAAGAUGGUCCAACUGGACUGCCAGGUCCACCAGGUAGAGACGGUCGUACAGGUUUACCAGGAAGGGAUGGUGAACCAGGUAGAGAUGGAUUGCCAGGUUUGUCUGGAAAAGAUGGUCCGCCAGGUAGGGAUGGUGUACCAGGAAAAGAUGGUUCAAUUGGAUUGCCAGGACCAGCUGGAAUAAACGGCGAGGUGGGAAGGAAUGGUGAACCUGGCAGUAAGGGAUCAGCAGGUAAACAGGGUCCACGUGGAAUAGCAGGUAGGAAAGGAGACAUGGGAGUGAGUGGAGAGAAAGGAGAGAAAGGAGAAAGAGGAGAGAGGGGAGUAGGUGGACUGCAAGGAAUUUUGGGUCCUCGAGGAGAAAAAGGAAAAGAAGGAGACAAAGGUGAACGAGGAUAUCCUGGUUUUAAAGGAGAGAAGGGUGGAAAGGGGGAGAUUGGGUUACAAGGCGGAAAAGGAAUAAAAGGAAUAAAUGGAAUGAAAGGAAUAAAAGGGGACAAAGGGGAUAAUCUCCCCAGUCAAUGUUUACCAGGGAAUCAUCGUGUUUUAAAUGAAACUUGGAGACAAACAUCUGAGCAUUAUACUAAGACAACUAAUCACUGUGAUAAGACAGGUCGUUCAGACAAUCAACAUGGUUUCACACCAGGCUGGCAUUCCUUCAGUCCUACAAUAGGUGGAGCUAUGCCAGAGAAGUGCACAUCUGAGAACUACUGUGGAACUCAUGCAUCAGGAUGGUUAAAAGGAUCUCACCCAAAUGUAAUUGGUCAAAAAAAUUCAAGAACAGUUUGCUUUAGUUACAGCGGCAAUUGUUGUAAAUGGCAGACUAGUGUUGAAGUGAUCAACUGUGGACAGUAUUACAUAUACAACUUACCUAACACUCCAGAAUGCACUUACGCUUACUGUGCUCGAGGACAGUGAAGAACAAGUUUC